UGAGGCCUCGACUCGAGGGUGAAAGUAUUAUUUUUGUUGUUGUUGAGUAAAUAAAGUACUGCAGUUCAGGAUGGAGAGUGUUACUCUUUCAAGUGGGCAUUCGAUGCCAUUGGUCGGUCUUGGCUGCUGGAAAAUCGAGGGCAAUGUAGCUAAAGAGACUAUUCGCACAGCAAUCAAGUUGGGCUACAGGCAUUUCGACUGUGCUGCUGACUAUGGCAAUGAGGCAGAGAUCGGAGCAGCGCUACAAGAAGCCAUUGCUGAAGGCGACGUAACACGCAAGGACUUGUUCAUCACCAGCAAGCUGUGGAACACUCACCAUGCCAAGGAGCAUGUGCAAGAGGCCAUUGAGCGCACGCUGUCGGAUCUACGCCUGGACUACGUCGACCUGUACCUCAUCCACUUCCCGCUGGCCAUGAAAUAUGUGCCCGUCACGGAGAAGUACCCACCCGGCGCUCAGAUGGACGAGAACGGCUUGCCACAGAUGGCCAAAGUUCCUAUUCAAGAGACCUGGCAGGCUAUGGAAGGUCUUGUCGACGCUGGUCUCGCUCGCAGUAUUGGUGUGGCUAACUUCAAUUGCAUUCUCAUCACAGACCUGAUGACUUAUGCCAGAAUUCCACCAGCUGUGGACCAGGUCGAGUCUCACCCGUAUCUUGUUCAACCGGUGCUGAGAAGGCUAUUGUCAAGGUACAACAUCCACAUGACGGCGUACUCCCCGUUCGGCUACCCAUCCUACCAAGUGCUGGGUGUGCCGUUUGACAGCAAGAACUUCCUGGAGCUGGACCUGGUGCAGGAGAUUGGUGCUCGCUAUGGCAAAACACCAGCUCAGGUUGCGCUCCGAUGGAAUGUCCAGAAAGGUUGCAGCGUUGUCCCGAAGACGGUCACACCAAGUCGUCUUACAGAGAACAUGAGCAUCUUUGACUUCAAACUGACCGAUGAAGAGGUGUCCGCCAUUGACGCUUUGGACAAGCAAGUUCGCUUCAACAAUGUUGGUCUGCCAUUUGUGUGGAACUCGCCAUUGUUUGAUUAAUGGAGUCCAAUACGGCUGCUUGCUUCUUGCUGCUAAGCAAGAUCUUCUACAAUUUCUAUUCUGAUAUCGCUAGGCGUUUGAGAAAUUACCAGGAAUGGUUUACCAAGACCGUUACAUAAGAAUAGCCUUUUUGGCAGUCUGGGCCAUCUCCUUUUUAGCUCUACCUGAGCAAUCUGUACCUUUUUUUAGAAUUUUCACAUCUCGCCAUGUUUGUGCCAAGUGCAGGUUCAAGGCCAUGAACAAAACCCAACUGUGCUGUUGCUGAAGGGAGAUUGCCAGCUGACAUGGCCUACUGGAGACUAUGACCAGCCACAUGCACAGAAGUACUGCGUUGCAUGUACGAUGAUCUUCCUGCCCCUGUGCACAUGCAUAUGAUAUGCCACACUUGAUUUAUCGUGUGUAAGAAAUAUCGGAAAUAAGAACAGAAAGUCGUUUUUCAAACACCCACGCUAUAACUGAUACCUACUGUACAUGGUUAUCUCGUA